UCAACUUUGCCGUCUCAACGACUAAAGAUAUCAUUUCUCUAUAAAAAAUGGUCCAUUUAUUGGGUUGCUACUAGCUAUAACAUGAGGAUGAAUCCAUGAACUUACAAUGGAAUUUUGGGCUGAGAAGGGGCUUGCUAAACUUACAAUCUACAAACAUGUAAGACCACCGCUUCGUCGAAUCAUCUCAGCUCCUGUUAUCUCCUCGCAGAAACCUCUGGUUCAGGAAGUUGUUUUAGCAGCCGAAUUGCGAUGCCCCAGCUGCCAAAAGAGGGUGAAUGAUGCAAUUUCAAGUAUUGAAGAUUUGGAAUCUAUUGUGGUGCAUGUGGUAGAAAAGAAAGUGACACUCACUCCUAAAUCUGUCGCUGAAGGUUCUUCGACAAGAGUCCCUGCUGUCUUCAACAACCUAGCCUACAAAACGUUAAGGAAUCCUCUACUUUCUUACCACGUAUAGUUGAUUUCAAAAUCAGCAUGAUAUCAAAUAUAAAUACUAUUAUUGUAUCUUUUAUGAUAGGACUAAUAAAGCAAGGUCUGUUGUGUUUGGAUUUGUAA